AACAGACGACAAAUGUUGGUGUUGUUUCAGAGAAUCUUCUACCCGCCGUUCCCUUGAUAAAUUGCGCACAAACGGAGAUCUAGUGAUACAGAUGCUUCACCAGCAGCCAAAAUUGUUGGCCCUAUAUAUCUGUCCUACUAAAGAUUCUUGGUCAUGCCCUUUCUGGGAUUGUUCGUAAGCAGUGACGAUCACACGACUAGUCAUUGUUUCAUCCCUCUUCCAAAAUCAGGGUCCCCUUUUCAUAUGGGCCAACAUUUGACCUUCUUCGUAUAUAAUCUGUUUGCAAGGUGGACUUCAACUGUGGAAUUGAGAUCACUCUGGCGGCACUUUUGGCCCCAUGAAACUGAUAACUUUUCACUAUUUGCUCUGUGGGAGUUCUGUGAAAUAGUACCAUAAUUCAAUUCUGAGAAGUUUAAAUCAUGGGGUUUGAGCCACUGGUUUGGUUUUGCCGGCCAGAGGAAAAUGGCAUUUGGGCAAAGACAACAGCUAGUGCUCUUGGUGCUUAUACACCAUGUGGCAUUGAAUCUGUUGUGGGUUGUAUAUCAAAUGUAGUUUUGAUGGGCUUGUGCUUAUACAGAUUAUGGCUGAUCAUGAAAGACUUUAGAGUCCAGAGGUUCUGCUUACGGUCAAAGUAUUAUAGUUAUAUGUUGGUCUUUUUAGCAGGUUAUUGUGCUGCAGAGUCCUUGUUCAGAUUACUUUUUGGUGUUUCUAUGUUUGACUUGGAUGGACAAAGUAGCCUUGCUCCAUUUGAGGUGGUUUCACUUAUGCUUGAGACCCUUGUUUGGAGCUCUUUGGUGAUUAUGACUCUUUUGGAAACUAAAGUGUAUAUUAGAGAGUUUCGCUGGUAUGUCCGAUUUGGUGUAAUAUACGUCUUGGUUGGGGAUACUGUGAAACUUAGUUUCAUUCUCUCACUAAAAGAUUUAUACCCAAGAUCUGUACUCUAUGUGUACAUCAGUUCGUUGUUCUCCCAGGCUUUAUUUGGAGUAUUUCUUUUUGCUUACAUACCAAAUUUGGAUGCCUACCUGGGAUAUAUGCCACUUCAAACUGAGGCUCAUGAUGACAUCAAGUAUGAAGUGCUUCAUGGAGGAGAACAUAUUUGUCCAGAGAGGAAUGCUAACAUAUUUUCAAGAAUAUAUUUUGGAUGGAUGACUCCCCUUAUGGAGCAGGGCUACCGAAAACCUAUAACAGAAAAAGAUGUCUGGACGUUAGACACAUGGGACCAGGCUGAGAUACUUAGCAGAAAGUUCCAAAAAUGUUGGGAAGAAGAAUCUCAGAAGCCAAAACCAUGGCUUUUAUUCUGUCUGAAUAACUGUGUUGGAGGAAGGUUCUGGUUUGGAGGCCUUUUCAAAGUGGGCAAUGAUCUUUCCCAGUUUGUGGGACCAGUUAUAUUAAGCUAUCUCCUACAGUCCUUACAAAGAGGUGAUCCUUCAUGGAUUGGCUACAUCUAUGGCUUCUCAAUUUUUGUUGGCGUGUCAUUAGGAGUUCUCUGUGAAGCUCAAUACUUUCAGAAUGUUGCAAGGGUCGGGUUCAGAAUAAGGUCAAUUUUGGUGGCUGCUGUGUUUCGGAAAUCCUUAAGGCUAACCAAUGAAGCCCGAAAGAAUGUUGCAUCGGGAAAAAUUACGAAUAUGAUAACGACAGAUGCUAAUGCUCUCCAGCAAGUAUGCAAUCAACUUCAUGGCUUAUGGUCAGCCCCAUUCAGAAUUGUGCUUGCCAUGAUUCUUCUUUACCAACAACUUGGGGUCGCUUCACUAGUGGGUUCUCUGCUUUUAAUUCUCAUGUUCCCUGUACAGACGAUGAUUGUCAGCAACAUGCGGAGAUUAGCUAAGGAAGGCUUACAGUACACUGACAGAAGAGUUGGAUUAAUGAGUGAAAUUUUGGCUGCAAUAGAGACUGUAAAAUGUUAUGCAUGGGAGCAAAGUUUUCAAUCUAAAGUCCAAAAUAUUAGGAAAGAUGAGCUUCUAUGGUUAUGGAAAUCACAACUAUUGGGAGCGUUGAACAAUUUCAUACUGAACAGUCUUCCGGUUCUUGUGGCUGUGAUUUCAUUUGCUUUCUUCACGAUGCUUGGUGGAGAUUUGACACCUGCAAGGGCUUUCACGUCACUUUCCUUAUUUACAGUGCUACGAACUCCUUUAAACACACUUCCUAAUUUAAUAACUCAGGCUGUCAAUGCGUAUGUAUCGUUACAGCGUCUGGAGGAACUAUUUUUAGCUGAAGAGAGAAUUCUCUUGCCCAAUCCACCUCUUGAACUAGGUCUUCCUGCAAUCUCGAUAAAAAAUGGCUACUUUUCAUGGGAUUCAGAGACCUCAAAAACAACAUUAGCAGAUAUAAAUAUAGAUAUACCAGUUGGCAGCUUAGUUGCAAUCGUAGGCGGUACAGGAGAAGGAAAAACAUCCCUUAUUUCAGCAAUGCUUGGUGAGCUUCCUCCUUUGAAAGAUGCCGGUGUUACCAUCAGAGGAACGGCUGCAUAUGUCCCUCAAAUUUCGUGGAUAUUUAAUGCUACAGUACGUGAAAACAUAUUAUUUGGAUCAAAAUUUGAAGCUUCACGAUAUUGGAAGGCUGUAGCAGUAACUGCAUUGGAGCAUGACCUUGAUAUUCUGCCUGGUCGUGAUCUUACUGAGAUCGGCGAAAGAGGAGUGAAUAUUAGUGGCGGCCAAAAGCAAAGAGUCUCAAUGGCUAGAGCAGUGUACUCAAACUCAGAUGUCUACAUAUUCGAUGACCCUUUAAGUGCUCUAGAUACUCAUGUUGGUCGAGAGGUUUUUGAAAAUUGCAUCAAGGAAGAGUUGAGAGGGAAAACAAGAGUGCUUGUUACAAACCAGCUACAUUUUCUUCCUCAGGUGGAUAAAAUUAUUUUGGUCUCAGAAGGUAUGAUCAAAGAGGAAGGAACCUUUGAGGAGCUCUCACAAAAUGGGUUUCUAUUUCGGAAGUUAAUGGAGAAAGUGGGUAAAAUGGAUGAUCACAUGGAUGGAAGCAAAGGCAGAACCAAUCCUGACCACGGAUCCUCAAAACAGUGUACUGAUGAGGUGGUGGAUGAGUUGGUAAAUGAUCCAAGCAUCACAACAAAAAGGAAUCGUAAGUCUGUUCUUAUCAGACAAGAAGAUAGGCAAACUGGCAUUGUUAGCUGGAAAGUGUUAGCAAGGUACCAGGAUGCUUUAGGAGGUCUAUGGGUUGUCCUGAUAUUAGUGGCGUGCUAUAUUUCAACUGAAGUGCUUCGAAUUUUAAGUAGCACAUGGUUAAGUUACUGGACAGAACAAAGCAGUUCAACAACUCGUGGACCUGGUUUCUACAUUCUGAUCUAUGCCCUCUUGUCCAUUGGACAGGUACUGGUAACAUUUGCAAAUUCUUUCUGGUUAAUUUCAUCAAGUCUCCGUGCAGCUAAAAGACUUCAUGAUACAAUGCUGUAUUCAGUUCUUAGAGCUCCCACAACCUUUUUCCAAACCAAUCCACUUGGACGAAUGAUCAAUAGGUUUGCAAAUGAUCUAGGUGAUAUAGAUCGUAAUGUUGCUAAUCUUGCCAAUAAUUUUCUGAAUCAAGUUUGGCAAUUACUUUCAACUUUCGUGCUUAUUGGCAUUGUGAGCAUAAUAUCUUUGUGGGCCAUAAUGCCUCUUCUUCUCUUGUUUUACACAGCCUACCUGUACUAUCAGAGCACAUCACGGGAAGUCAAGCGCUUGGACUCCAUUACCAGAUCCCCUGUGUAUGCGCAAUUUGGCGAAGCAUUAAAUGGUUUGUCAAGUAUCCGUGCUUACAAAGCAUAUGAUCGUAUGGCCACAAUUAAUGGGAAAUCAUUGGAUAACAAUAUUAGAUUCACUCUUAUAAACUUCAGUUCUAAUCGUUGGCUCACCAUAAGACUAGAAACAUUAGGAGGUAUAAUGAUUUGGUUCACGGCUACCUUUGCUGUCAUGCAGUCUGGAAGAACGCAUGAUCAGGUGGCUUUUGCAUCUACAAUUGGCUUGCUCCUCAGUUAUUCUUUGAAUAUUACGAAUCUUAUGAGUAAUGUUCUGAGACAAGCAAGUAGAGCAGAAAACAGUUUCAAUGCCGUUGAACGUGUGGGCACAUAUAUAGACUUGCCAUCUGAGGCUCCAUCUAUAAUUGAGAGCAACCGCCCUCCACCUGGAUGGCCCUCAUCAGGUUUAGUAGAAUUUGAAAAUGUCGGCUUUCGCUAUAGACCUGGUCUUCCACCUGUCUUGCAUGGCCUGUCGUUCACAAUCUCUCCGACAGAAAAGGUUGGCAUAGUUGGAAGGACUGGUGCAGGGAAAUCUACCAUGAUCAAUGCGUUGUUUCGGAUGGUCGAGCUAGAAAAAGGAAGAAUCUUGAUCGAUAAUUAUGAUAUCUCCAGUUUUGGUUUGACAGAUUUGCGUAAAGUUCUUGGUAUUAUACCACAAUCACCGGUUCUCUUUUCAGGCACGGUGCGUUUUAAUCUUGAUCCGUUUAAUGAACAUGGUGAUGUUGAUCUUUGGGAGGCUCUUGAACGUUCAUAUUUGAAGAAUGUGAUUGCCAGAAAUGCGUUGGGUUUGGAUGCGGCGGUAUCCGAGGGAGGGGAGAAUUUCAGUGUUGGACAAAGACAACUACUGAGUCUUGCUAGGGCAUUGCUAUGGAAAUCAAAGAUUCUUGUUCUUGAUGAAGCAACUGCAGCUGUUGAUGUCAGAACGGAUGAUCUAAUACAGAAAACAAUACGAAAAGAAUUCAAAUCAUGCACAAUGCUCAUUAUUGCUCAUCGACUCAACACCAUCAUUGACUGCAAUCGAAUUCUUGUGCUAGAGAACGGUCAAAUUCUGGAAUAUGAUUCUCCAGAAAGACUAAUAUCACAUGAAGGAGCAUUUUUUAAGAUGGUUCAAAGUACAGGCGCUGCAAAUGCGCAGUAUUUACAGGAUAUGGUACUUGGUAGAGAAGGAAUAAACAAGUUCAUCGGAGAGGAGCCUGCAGAGCCGUUUAUCCAUGAGAGAUUGCUGAAAUCUUCUCAAGGAACACAAAUAAAUCUGGAUAUAAAUCUUGAUGAUGUUCAGACAGAUGGAAACUAAAGGUGGAAAUAAUGUGCUGCAGGAAAAGGAAGGAUGACCCCUAGAGCGACUUCUAAAGGACUUAUGUUGUUAUCUUCAAGGACUCAUGGAUUAGUCCAAGUACGCUCAAGCAGGCCCAGACACCCAACAAAAAAAAAUAAAAAUAAAAAUAAAGGACUUACGUUUGUAAAGUUGUGACUUCUGAGAGAAGGCACACCUUCUCCCCUUUCAUAACUGGAUUCUCAAGUCUUCAGGUAGAAGUCUCAGUUUCUUGUUGUUUCCAGGCUCAAACUCAACAAGAGUCUUAAUUGUACUAUCCUGAAACCAUUAUUUGCUCAUUAGCCCAUAGUAAUACUACUUUUCUAGUGGAGCACAAGCACAAGUUACUUCUUUGUUAAGAUAUAGGACUGUAUCUACUUAGUUUUGAUGUUCAUCGUUAUCUCUUUAGCAUGAUGUAACCCACAUCUACUUAGUCUUUAACGCUCUUCGGGGUAGUGGAAAGGUCUGUAUAUAUUUUAUCCUCUCUAGACCUUACUUUGUGUGAUAUUUAC